CGUAAACUCGGAGUCGGCGGUUCUCGAGGAGCGUAUUAUGUAGUUAGCAACAUCUUUGCUCAGUUUCUAAGCGUCCUUGGCGGUUUAAGGUCUGUUAAAGGUCAUUGACAGUUCUAAAGCGUCCUUGUGUCUAUAACCUAUUUCUCAUUCAACUAUUUUCAAAGUUAUAAAAGGCAUUCAAACAUGAGAGACGAUAAUGAAAGCGACAGUAGGAAAGUGAAAAGAAAAACAGGUCCGGAUGAUUUAAAGGCGCCUGGGAAGAAGAGACAGAAAAUAAAAGACAAAAACGAGGGAAAGAGCGGUGCAGUGCAGAAAUCAGACGCUCUCAUUGGUAAAGCCGACUCCACAAAAACUAAUAUGAAGCUUUCUAGCAAAGACAAGGACAAAAGGAAAACAAAUAAAUCUGCCCGCACCACAGACUGGUCCGAGGAUGAUAAGAAAAACAACUCUGACGGUGGUAAAAAUACCUCUGAAAUAAAGAGGAAUGAGAAAGGACAACUUGUGUUUAAAGAACACCCAGAGUUCACACCUAACAUGACUCCAAAAGAGGUUUUACAGGCAGGCAGUUUUGGGGGUACCUAUUUUAGGCCCAUCUACUCCAGCGUCACAAAGCAACAUUACAAAGAUGUUUGGCAGGAGAUUCCCGAAGACUGGCUGGCUGGGCUAAACAUUUCAAAACAGGUGGCUUCAUCCUCGUACAGGGAAAGUGUGAACACCUAUAAUGUAAAAUGUGGAGGCAGUCUAGAGAUGUGGGAAAGCAGUGGCUGGAUUGUGCCGCAGGAUCCAUAUGGCUGGUUCCAGUGGUACUGCAGGUUUUACCAGGGCAGGCGAACAGAGGACGAUGCACGCCAGAUCAGUCGUUGGGCCAAAUGUGCAGGAGUCAAAGGUCGUUGGCGGCAUAAUCUCAUCACUAAAGUGGUCCGGUCCGGUUGUGCGUAUGACAACCCCAGUGUUUCUCCGGUGGUCAGACAGACUCUGCAGCACUGGGGCUACAAACUCACCCUGGAGGACUAUAAGGAAGGAGCAAAGAGAGUCAAACUCAAAUAGGAUUAACAGACUUCCGAAUAGGCCUCAUUCAAUUUAUCACAUAGUGCAGAAGAAAGCUGGCCUUACUGCAUGGAAUUAAACUCACAAAUCUGAUUAAAUAAUUGAUGCUUUUUCUGACCGAUGGGACUUGUUUAGCGGAGUGGACCUGCGAUAAUAGUACUGCUGUAUUUGUUUCCCAUUGGACAUGUUUUCUGUAAGCUGUUUGGGAAAUAGAAAAGUUAGAAUAAUGGUCUAUUUUUAAAAUUUGGAUCCAAAGAAGAAGCAGACAUGAAUUGUUUUUUCUUGUCAGUGCCUUGGAGGAAUGUGGAGAACGGAUGUGGGCAUUGUUACAGUUAUUUUUAUUUUGAUAGUAAUUUAUUUUUUUAGGUUUAUUUUUAAUACAUGCUGAACGUGUUGAUCUAUUUGUCUACACUCUGUCAUAUACAAACUUUACAAUAUUUUCCUUUUAUUAAAGGUUUUUUUUAAUUAAAGAAGUUUUUUGGGUGACACACUACAAAUUUCACCAUUUGGUUAGAAACAGAUGGAACUUAAUCAGAAGCAUUUAUUAUAUAUGGGUUAUUUCUGUUAUGACCCCUUGUAAGUGUAUUGAUAUAUCAGAUAUUAGUUGAUAUACACGUUCUUUGAUGUUUAUUAUGGUAUUGGUUGGUUUGUCUCACUUUCUGCCCUUUUUGAAAAAAAUGCGGAAAUGUCUAUGAUUAUAUAUUAAAAUAAGUCAAUUGAUCAAUUGCAUCCAAAAUAAAUGUUUUUGUUUCCAUAAA